CUGUUUCCCCCUUGACCUACCCAUCCUCCACUCAACCUAUUUUGCUAACCUCUGCCUUCUUGCCCUAAAUUGUUUUCAACCUGCAAAUCAAGUUUCCACGACAGUAAACUUGUGUCAGAUUUCUUUUUUCAUUCUCCAUUCACUCUCUCUACUGCUUUAGGGUAUCAAAAAUGGCAUCUACAGUUGGAGUUGUUCCUCCCGUCACAACCAUCAAGGAUGGCGAGACCAAGGUUAUAGAGAGGAUCCAUUAUCUGAAUCUGCCUUGCCCCAUACCAUACGAAGAAAUCCACAGAGAAGCUUUGAUGUCCUUAAAGCCAGAACUUUUUGAGGGAAUGCGCUUUGAUUUUACCAAGGGACUUAAUCAGAAAUUCUCUCUAAGUCACAGUGUGUUCAUGGGACCUAUGGAGGUUCCUUCUCAAUCUACUGAGGCCAUAAAGAUUCCUGCUGCCCACUAUGAAUUUGGGGCUAAUUUUCUGGACCCAAAGUUGAUGCUUUUUGGGAGGAUAUUGACGGAUGGGAGGCUUAAUGCAAGAGUGAAGUGUGAUUUGAGUGACAAUCUGACCUUGAAGGCAAAUGCUCAGCUUACUAAUGAGCCUCAUAUGUCACAUGGAAUGGUUAAUUUUGAUUACAAGGGAAAAGACUACAGGACUCAGUUCCAAUUGGGAAAUGGUGCUUUGUUUGGAGCUAGUUACAUCCAGAGUAUUACUCCACAUUUAUCUCUGGGCAGUGAGGUCUUUUGGGCUGGUCAACAUAGGAAGUCUGGUAUUGGUUUUGCCGCUAGAUACAACACAGACAAGAUGGUUGCUACAGGACAAGUUGCUAGCACGGGCAUGGUAGCUCUUAGCUAUGUUCAAAAGGUAUCUGAGAAGGUGUCUCUUGCAUCGGAUUUUAUGUACAACUACAUGACAAGAGAUGUUACAGCAAGCUUUGGUUAUGAUUACAUCCUACGGCAGUGUCGUCUCCGAGGGAAGAUAGAUUCCAAUGGCUGCACAGCUGCUUUUCUGGAAGAACGGUUGAAUAUGGGUCUCAAUUUUAUUCUUUCUGCUGAGAUUGAUCACAUGAAGAAAGACUAUAAAUUCGGGUUUGGUUUGACAGUAGGAGAAUAGGAAAAAAGGAAAGUUGGUAUUCCAUAUUCAAGGGGUUUAUUCUUUUUUAUUCUACCUGCUGCUAUUUUAUUUAGCUCCUCUUGUUGAUUAGUUUCCUCAGCUCUUUGAGCACAUGUUAGCAGCAGCUCAAAUGAGUUACCUUUGGGUGGAUAGAUUUUCUUAUCCUUUUUUCAAGGUAGAAGGAGAAUUUCAAUUUUGUAUUCUGUUUGGCUGGUCAAACAGCAUCAACAUUCAUGGCUCCUUUCACUUCUUUGGUAGCCUUAAUAGAUGAUGGCAAUUCAAAGCCAUGAUUUUUCCUCUGAGUA